CCCUUACACGUUAAAAAAAACAUUGAGUUACGCACAACUGCGCAACCUAGUAAACUAUUUCAUUUAAAAUAACAAUAAACAAUAUAGAAAUAAUGUUUUACUAAAGAAGAAAUCUAAUAAUAUCUUUGUUAACACAUAUAAUUGUUUAGCUGUCAAGACAGCACGUGAUACAAUCGUGGAGUGCAAUUUGUUUCCUUUGUUUUUAAUAUACAAACAAGGAGGUUACUGGAUGUUUUAAUUGUUUGCUCCAUUUACUUUCUUUUUUAUUUGAGAUCAAAUGGAGCAAUAGACAAUAAUAGAGAAGGGAUAUUUGGAUACCGAACUUUGUAUGCUCCAGGCGCAGUUGCAGUUUAAUAUCGUAUACUCCGAUUGGUUCUAAUUAAAUAGAAUUGAUACAAAUGCACUAUCUAGAAAGACGACUCACCAAACAGUUGUAAAAGAAAAACACCACACCCGUUUGCCGUGAUAUAAACACGCACGAAAUUUUUUUCUCACAUGUUUAUUUAUUUUUACAAGUGAGUUUUUGACAUUUGGCGCUGCACAAGUGACAAUGAUGAGGUUGACAUUUAUCAUUAGAAAGUUGAAUUUUCCAUCCGAAUGUGACGUGUAUAAAAGAUUUUAAAUCAAUUUUAUGUUCCAAAUACAAAAUUGAAUGAAGGAAUGAAGUGUUAUUUUGACAAAACAUUAAUAAAUCAUGUCAGAAUUGUCAAGCAAUCCAAUGACAAUGUCUGGCAUACAGGAAAUUAUCGAAUUAGCAAAAUUAUUACGACAAAACGGUGACAAAAUAUUAAAUGGUACCAGUAAACUUUCAUUAUCGACGACACUUUUGCAUAACCUCAAUCAAGUGUUUCAUCAAAUUGUUAAUGAAGCAGAUGAUCUUGAAAGUUCUUUUCAAGUUUGUAAUAGUUCAAAAAAUGAUGUGUUUCGUGAUAUUAAAUUUUUACAUGAUUUUGUGCAAAAAACACUUGGUCUUAAGAUAACCUGUAAUCUUGCUGAUGCAAAAGUUGACAUUGACAUCAGUAAAUUUCGUCAUUUAAAAUAUUUGGAGUUACAAAAAGUUUGUAUUGAAUUAACAAAAGGAAUACAAAGUAUAAGAGGUCAAUUGGAAUGUGUUAUUUGUGCUGGUGGACGAGGAGUUAGCAGUAUUGGUCACUUACUAGCUGCUUGUGGAGGAGAUGCAGGUGUUGGAUUUGUUUGGAAUUCUUUAAAUCGACUUUUCUUACCUUACAAUGCUUUAACCGGAUUAGAUAAAUCCCUCGAACUCACUCCUUGGCUCCAGAUGUUGGAUUUAAGUCAUAAUCUGAUAUCAAAAGCUCCUGAAAUAGAUUGUUUACCAAGUUUGAAAUACGUUAAUUUAGGGUUUAAUAAAUUAGAAACAGUUCCUCCUUUUCAUAAAGCGACGUUUCAUACGCUACAAAAAUUAAUAUUAAAGAGUAAUUAUAUUGACAAUAUAAAAGGUUUACAAGGACUUGAAAACUUGGUAGAAUUGGAUUUAUCUUACAAUUGUUUAACUGAUCAUUAUAAUCUAUGGCCUUUAGAAACAAUGUCAGGACUCUUGUGGCUAUCGUUAGAGGGAAAUCCCAUUUCUUAUCAUCCUAAUCACAGAUUACUCUCUUUAAAACACUUGCAUCCAUGUUUAAGUGGCAGUAAGUUCGUUUUGGACCGAUUGCCUCUUACAAGAUCAGAGAAAAUACUAGUGUCUGAAAAUCGAAAUUAUUCUAUUAGAUCAAUUGGCGCUGUACCCAGAGAAUAUUUUUCAAGUGUAUCAGAUUUUGCGUCCGAGAAUUCAUCAACUUCAUUAGAAGCAUCUUUUUGCGAUGAUAAUAGUGAGAAAAGACAAUUUCUCGAUGGAAUGGAUAGUUUAAGCACAAGUGUCACAAGCAUAACGAAAAGUAAGCGUAAAAAAACUGUAAAAGAAGCUAUAAUAGCUGAAGAAGAUCAUGACAAAGAAAAAUCACCCGGAAAACCCGCUUCUCUAUCAAGUUCUUUUAUGGAAUCAUCAAUGGAACAUUUGGAAACAAAGAGACAAAUUCUCGCACUGAGAAAACAAUUUGGUGAAGAUAAUUGGUUGAGUCAUCGUGCUGGAACUGUAAUACAAAAUAUCAUGGGAAUUGAUAGUGAAAUAGACGUAGUGCCUUCAAGUUCACCAAUUCCAUCAAUGAAAAUUUUGGAGUCACUUGAAAAUUUAAAUCAAAAUGAAACAAAUGAUAUUGACGAUAAAAUUGAAGGAAUUGAUGAAACUGUAAAUAAUGAAAAUGAAUCACAAAGUGACAGUCUAGCGAUAAUUGAAACUAGUAGUAAGGAACAUAAUGAAGAACCUGUUUACAAUCCAGAAGAAGAAUUAGGAGAUUUAUAUUUAGUUCAAAAAAAGAAGAAUGAACAAAAUCUUGAAGAAGUUUUUCUGAUAGUUACUUCUGAGGAAGUAAAGGAAAGAGAUUAUAUUACUGGUAAAUUGAAAUUUCGUUGGUCAACAGAAACAGUUUUGUCGUGUGUUAUGGGCAGAGGAACACCAACGACUGUUAAUAUAAUAUUUGAUACAACGCGUAAAGAUAGACAAACCAGAACAUAUCUGGUGGAAAUCGAUGACGCAAAAAAAAUUGUUAAAACUUUAAACGAGAGAAUAAUAACGAGAUCGAUAGAAUUAAAGGUGUAUAAAUGUAUGAAAUGUUCAACACACUUCUCUCAUGACACGGAAAUUACGACCGUUUCUAUGCUACCAGGAUUAGGACCUCCAAAGUGUCCGGCAUGUCAAAGUACUCUAGUUAUUCAAACGGAUGAUUUUAAUACUCCAACUGCUGAAAAUUCUAAAAAUCAAAUGAAAUCUGGAGGCGAAACUCAAAAAGAUAUUUUAGAUAGUAAUCUAAAACAUUCUGAAUCACAAUCUAGUAUAGGUGGAACAAAGGGUGGAGCUAUAAACAUCACCUCUUCUCUGGUGAUCACUGACUUAAAACGUCGAUAUCCAAUCUGCUGUUCAGCGGCUAGUCUUGAAGAUUCUCGAGAAUCUACUCCAUCUGGAGGAACAAAUGCAAAAAAAUCUGAAAGCGAUAUUGAAGUCCUGAGUAAUCCAAGUCAAAGUAGCAUAGAAGUUUUAGAUGAAGGUUCAAAGUCGAAUUUAACACCGAAACGAAAAAAAUCUGAAGGACAACGCAAUGCGGGAGUAUCUUCUGAAAUAACUCCUAUUAUGGCGGGUCUAACAGAAAGUAGUUCCUCAGGCUCUAUGACUGACAGUGUGUGUACAGCUUAUGAAAAUAAAAAUGUCAAACUAUGCGAUAUUAGUGAAAUGUCGCAUAGUAGCGAUAAUGUCGACAAUGAUGCUAUUAAAAACGUCGAAAUUGAAAAAGAAACAGUUUUCAUGCCUGUUACAAAUUUGACAUCAAUGUUAGGAGAAUUAUUGCAAACUAUGAAAAUUGGAAGUACGAAGACAACUCCUACGAAAUCGGAAGAGAGUUCUGAAUUUAUGGGAAGUGAUGUUCAUUAUUCGUACACGGAUUUUAAUAGCGUAGACCACAGAAUCAAACUUCAUAUAAUUUUAAAUGUCUUUGAGCAAGAGAAAGAGGAACUUGUUCUUUUAUUGAGGGCUGAAAUUUUCACUCCAACGUCAUCAAAAACGUUUCCAGGUUGCUUAGUUUUAUCCACGUCUAAAAUUUAUAUUCUUAAGAUUUUUGGACCUGAAGGAGAAGAUCCUCAACGCUGGUUGAAAAAGGAAGCGAGUUGGACAAUGGAUAGGCUACGUUCGUUUGCUCCACUACCUUUUAAACAAGGUCUUUUGGUGCAAUUAGAGAUGCCGAACAAAACUGGUGAAGACAUUCAAAAUUUUACUCUACUCUGUAUUCUUCAAGAUUUUCAAAGAACGUCAAGUUUUCUGUUUUAUCUAACAGAAUUGAGUUUACCGGCAAGUUGUGAGGUUGAAUUCAUAGUGCCAGAUCAUUGCAAUUUUUCGAUAAAAAAUAUGCUAUUAACAUCAAAGAAUCAUCGACAAAGUGAUCUCGUUAGAUUGCUCGCGAUAUUUUCGUCAGCAAUUGUAAAAUCAGAAAAAUGUACAACAAAAUUAAAUACCUCUGGGCUUGUCACUACAUCGUCGACGUUAAUUAUUUUGGAGGAUAAUCUACAAUGGUUACUUCCCGAUCAUAAUAAAACUCCAGCCAUUGCAAUAGAACAAGCACUAAGCAAUUUAAUAGCAGUGGACAUAGAAGUUGAUUCGAAAACGGAAAAUGGAAAUGCAACGCUCAAUUUGAGUUUCUCGGAUGAAAUGGCAGGAUUGGAAGAAACUUGGAUUUUGGAAUUUGUUUCAGUGGGUGCAGCCGAGUCUGUGGUAAAUUCUAUUCAAUUACCAUGGGAAGAAUUGUUUUCAGUUCCAUUGCAAAUCGAAACGAGAAUACUCGACACUACAAAAAAUAUUGAAAGAUGAAGAGUAUCUAUUGUAAACUAGCUUAAUUAUAUUUUUUUAAAGAAUGUCAAUUUUUGACAAAAUACUAACCCACAUUUUAAUUCUACACUAUAGAACAAUUUGCAAUUUUAUUACACACUUUUAAUUUAUAAAUUCUAAAAAAAACAAAACAAAUCAUAUAUUGUAAAUUUAUUGUAAAGAAAUGUAAUUUCAAUUUUACAAAGAAAAAAAAAUGUUUUUCUAUAUUUAAAUGAGAAAAACUUCCAUUUUUGUAAGCAAAUUCUGUAAUAUUAUUGCGACUGUGAUAUGUGCGUAUAAAAAUUAUAUAUGUAUAUAUUUUUAGUCGAAUUAACAUUUUAUAAUGUGUCUAUAUAUACAAUUUUAAUGGAAAAUUGUAAUUAAUAAGAUCACGUGGAAAUUAUAAUAAAGUUUUGUUUUUUUCUUUCAAAAAUUAA